CCCCUGUGUGCAACGACACCUUGAAGUCACGGCACACGAUCAAUAAUUUCAGUUAUUGUUUUAUUUUUGAUCAACAAGUUACUUGCUAAACUAGGAUGAGUCGUCAAGUCAUUUCAGUUCAUAUUGGACAGGCCGGUGUGCAGGUCGGCAAUGCAUGCUGGGAGCUAUAUUGUCUGGAACACGGCAUAGAACCCGACGGACAGACGCCAAGCGAUAAAAAUGUUGCCAACGGCCACGGUAUUGGGGACUGCUUCUUCAGAGAAACGAGUGCUGGAAAAUAUGUCCCGCGGUCAAUCUUUGUUGACCUUGAGCCAACAGUAAUAGAUGAAAUCCGUACUGGUACGUAUCGGCAGCUCUUUCAUCCAGAUCAAAUGGUGUCUGGGAAAGAGGACGCAGCAAAUAACUUCGCCCGAGGUCAUUACACUGUUGGUAAAGAUAUUGCCGAUUUGGUAUUGGACAGAAUCAGGAAACUUGCUGACCAGUGCAAUGGUCUACAGGGUUUCCUUCUCUUCCAUAGUUACGGUGGUGGCACUGGUUCUGGUUUCACCUCCCUACUCGCAGAACGUCUGUCUAUAGACUAUGGUAAAAAGUCAAAACUGACAUUUGCCAUUUACCCCGCGCCGCUGAUAGGGACCUCUGUCGUCGAACCGUACAACUCGGUGUUGACAACGUCAUCAUCCAUGAAUCACGUAGACUGUGCAUUCCUUAUGGAUAACGAGGCUCUGUAUGAAAUUUGUCGACGUAAUUUAGACAUCGAGCGGCCGACAUACACAAACCUAAACAGGUUGAUUGCCCAGGUUGUGUCGUCGACUACUGCUUCACUGAGGUUCGAUGGCGCCCUGAACGUUGAUUUGAAUGAAUUUCAGACAAACUUGGUACCGUACCCACGGAUUCAUUUUCCAUUGACAACAUACGCGCCAAUUAUUUCUUCAGAGAAAGCUUAUCACGAAAGUCUUAGCGUUGCUGAAAUAACAAAUGCCUGUUUCGAACCAGCAAAUCAGAUGGUGAAAUGCGAUCCGCGUCACGGCAAGUACAUGUCAUGCUGUCUGCUUUUCCGAGGUGACGUGACUCCAAAAGACACUAACGCUGCCAUAGCAAACAUUAAGACAAAACGAAUGAUCCACUUUGUCGACUGGUGCCCAACAGGUUUCAAAAUUGGCAUCAACUACCAACCACCAACCGUUGUUCCAGGCGGUGACUUGGCUAAAGUACAGCGUGCCGUCUGCAUGUUGAGCAACAGCACAGCCAUCGCUGAGGCCUGGGCUCGUCUCGAUCACAAAUUCGACUUGAUGUAUGCCAAACGUGCAUUCGUUCACUGGUAUGUCGGUGAAGGUAUGGAGGAAGGUGAAUUCUCAGAGGCGCGUGAAGAUUUGGCAGCCUUGGAGAAGGACUACGAAGAGGUCGGUGUUGACUCAGUCGAAGACGAAGGCGAGGACGAAGGAGAUGAAUAUUGAACCUUUCUCUUUGAAUACAAACUUGUUAAUGUUGUUUGUUGUUCUUCAAAAAAAAUGGUACGGAGUACACGCGUCCUUGUUACUCUCUCCAACCAAAUACUUGUCCUUUGUCUUGAAGAUUUGGCAGGCUUGGAGAAGGACUACGAAGAGGUCGGUGUUGAUACAGUGGAUAGGGAAGAAAUAUUAGAAGAACAUGACGAGUAUUAAUGAACUUUUAAAUUACUCAUCAUUGUAAAUGAACUUGGCCUUCGGCGAUACCACUAGUUCUAUUAAAUAUAUUUGUUUUUGAAUGAAAAUUGUCAUUCAUGAAUGAGCCGUGAACCACCACCAACGUGCUUCUUGUUAUAUGUGAUGAAUUGGGCUUUCACUUUUCAAUGUAUAUUGACAAUGCCACCGGGUAACUUACAUUACAAGCGUUAUACAGAUUUAUUUUUUGCUUUUGCGAUGUUAGUAAGGAACGCUUGCAAGUAUAUUAAGCGGGGGAGUCGUCACCUGUGCAGGUGACAACCCAGGUGUUCUACCAUAACAUGUUGUAUAUACUUCAGUGCAAACUCAUGGUAUCAGUAGGGUACUUAUCAAAAUAUAAAUAUGUGGAUUACACAGACUGCGAUUGAGAUUAUAUAUAUUACGUAUAUAUUUGAAAUACAACGUACAUGUAGAGUGGAGGUCAAAUGUUUAUUACGGUUACAUAUAAAUAAGUUUAAAGUGUGGGACUCGUCACCUGCGCAUGCGUCAGAUGGCCAUAGUGUGUCAUUGUUUACAAACAAGCGUCUACCCAUAAUCCUUUGCGUUUUCAGCAUGUGUUAUCGUCGCUUGGGACUCUCGUGUGUGCGCAGGUGACGACCCUCGCUCUUUAAGAUCAAUCACAAAUUAUUAUUCUGUUACACAAAUAAUUGUUAAUAUUAUUAUUGUAAUAAUAGUAAUCUCAUUAUAUUUUGUAAUUAUUAUUAUACCACUGUUUUUUUUGUGACUAUUAAUUUAUAAAUAUCUAGUUUUAUGAUUAUCUGGAUAUUUGGUUGGCGUGUCAAUAACUACUGUAUAGUAUGAAAGCCAAUUUGGGACAUUUUUUGAAUCUCGACUUACUACUGUGGAAUACUUUAUUUUCGCUGAAAAGGCUUUUUGGGCGUUUUGCUUGGAAUUUAUUUUCACUGAUUUUUGAUGAGUUUAAUAUGAAAUAUAGGAAAAAAAGUAUAUUCGAUGGAUUUUAUUUUCACGGAAUCAUCCCUUUAGCGAAAAUAAAGUAUUCUACAGUAUCUACAAAAUGUCACCAGUGGGCUUUCAUAGUAUAGUAACAGUAUAGUAGCUGGAGUAUUUGACAUGUCCUUUUAUUUGUUUACAUAUAGUUGCUUAAGAUCUCAAAGAAAUGUUCUAAUUGAGCAUGUCAUGUUUUAUUUUUCUCACCAUGGAGUCUCAUGAUUGGGUUUCAUGAUCUGCAUAAAAGUACUAUUACGUUUAUCUCAACACAAAUCGACUUGUGGCUCCAAUUCUUCACAUACUCGUACAUUGGUUGACGAAUGUGUCAAGCCAUCAGAGAGAGAGUUAGUAUAUUUUCUAAAAACUUUGAAGUUGUUUCUUGUAACCUUGGCAAAAACGUAACGACAGGUUAUUGUUUCUGUCCAGAGCAAUGCCGUUAAUAAAAUAUUAUUAUUAGUAUUA